ACAAAGCACAAGCAAAAAGAUGUCGUUCUACAAAUUUUUGAAGAUGGCAAUGUUUGCUGUCAAUUUCAUCAUCUUUGUCGGAGGUGCCGCUAUAAUGGGCGUAGGGAUCUGGAUUAAAGUGGAUGGUGGAUCCUUCUUUGCAGUCCUGGAGCACAUGUCAUCAUCUCUGAAGGUGGUAGCUAAUGUCGGAUAUCUCUGCAUUGCACUAGGGGCCUUUUUAAUGGUCAUUGGCUUCCUGGGAUGCUGUGGUGCAAUGAAAGAAAACAAGUGCAUGCUAAUGAUAUUUUUCUUGGUAAUCCUGGUGAUCUUCUUGGCUCAGCUUGUGGCUGUCGUGGUUAUCCUGGCAUUUUCUGGCUUGGCAGACAUCUUUAUGAGCUAUAUUGCAAUGUGGCUCAAGGAUUUCUUUAAAAACGAUUAUGGUAAAAUUCAGGAGUUGACUGAUAUAUUUGAUGCUUUGAUGCUCCAGUUUAAGUGUUGUGGAAUAAGUGGUCACACUGAUUUUUUAAACUCAUAUUUCCUCAACACCACUGGAAAAUUUCCCAAAGCUUGCUGCUCCAAUAUGAUUACUUGCAUCCUUCCAGGAACUGCUCAGGGUUGCUAUCAAGUACUCCUAAACUUCCUGAAGAACAACACCGUAAUACUUGGUAUCAUUGCCCUGGUGAUCGCGGUACUUGAGAUGGGGGCAAUGGCAUCAUCCAUGAUAAUGUACUGCCAGAUCGGUAAAAUGUCAAACGUUGCUUGAGAAUGGAGAAAACUGUGUUUGCAACACCAUUUAGUUUAUGGUUUCUUCCUCCUUUUGAUUGCUUUUAUGUAAAGAGAAAUCAUUGCUAAUAAAUGAAAGCUUUUCAA